AUGGAUGAUGAUACAAUUAGUUUCCCUGCUUACAGAAGUGAGGAAUGGAUUGAAAGGAAUAGAAAAAUUAUCGCACCAAAGCAAUUCAUGAGCAAUGUGGAUAUUACACCAAAAUUUAUGAUAAAUGCCCUAAAAAUUGAUGCAAACCGCGUAAAAGUACAACUUGUAAGGGAUGAUAUAAAAAAUUCACUGUUCAAACAGUCACUAAUGCAAGUGCAGAAUGUGGAAGUUGUGAGCCACAGGUGGUGUAAAAAAGACAGGGUACUAAAAAAAAUUUACACAAUACAUGGGAGACUGAAAUUUGGUGGAAUUUUUCAUAAAUUAAUGGAUCGAGAAGUGUUGGAAAGGGAGAUUUGGGAAAUAGAUCGUUGUGGUGAAACCAUCUCAUAUAAUAUAACGGUGUAUAAGGAAGGUGAAGAUGGAUUUUCAAGUACAAUAAGGCCAAGGAGCCUUAGAGGACUGUACGAAAUGCUUAAAUUCUAUUAUCUUUACAUAAUACUCUAG